AAUACCGAAUAACAAUUGAAAUUCAAUUCCAAUCCCAAGAAAUAAUACGUGUAUUUGAUAAUACCAAAUAUAGACAAACUCGAUACGGUAUUCGGUAUAUCCAAAAUACCGAUACGAUCAAGAACUAAUUUCUCAAGCUUGACAAAGGACUCGUUUGGAGAAUUGGAGUCUAAAUUUCUAGAUUCUAGACAAUCCAAAGAUUUUAACUCUCUGAAUUGUUUAAAAAAGAUUUGAAAAUGUUCAUUGUUUGGUAACUAUAAUUGUUAACAUCCAAUAAAAAAAGAAAUUCUAUUUUUUUAUCACAUAACAUAUUUAUCCUUAACCAAAAUAAUUAGAUUGGCUCGAAAAAUAUUGAGAAUUUAUUGGUAAGGGUAUUUAGUGGGAUAAAUGAAAAAAAAAACAAGAGAUAAUAGGAGGAAGAAAAUCUCCAAAAUCAAGAUGUAGAAUCUCUCUAAUUAUGAGAGAUUUGAUAUCUCUAGAUUUUAUAGAUUUACAAUCUCUGAAGAUACAAUCCACGAUAGAAAAAGUAGAAAAAAACAUAACAUUUUGCUAAAUCUAUGGAUUCAAUAAAUCCACGAUCCAAAUCUUGUUCUCCAAACGACCCCAAAGUUUCUGAAAUAGCUGCCAAUACCCUGGAGAGAGUCAGAGUUGGGUCAAAGCGGAGUUAGACUCUCUUGGGCCUGGUUCCUCCUGCACUGAACGGGCCCUGAAUAAAAGGCCCAACCGAAGAAAUGCAUCUCCGGGUAAACCCUAACGCAGUCAGAGAAGCGAUAGAAGCGCACAGAGAGUAAAACCUGGCUGGCUUAGUGCUGACCACCAUCUUCACCCAGUCGUCGAGCCUCUUCGUUGCUGCCUUCUCUGCUCUUUCCCGCCGCCAUGAAGUUCAAUAUCGCGAACCCCACAACUGGGUGCCAGAAGAAGCUGGAAAUCGAUGACGACCAGAAGCUGCGUGCCUUCUUUGACAAGAGAAUCUCUCAGGAAGUCAGCGGUGAUGCCCUUGGAGAGGAGUUCAAAGGCUAUGUGUUCAAGAUCAUGGGAGGAUGUGACAAGCAAGGCUUCCCCAUGAAGCAGGGAGUGUUGAACCCUGGUCGUGUCCGCCUUUUGCUUACCCGAGGAACCCCAUGCUUCCGUGGAUACGGUAGGCGCAAUGGUGAGCGCAGAAGGAAGUCUGUUCGUGGUUGCAUUGUCAGCCAAGAUCUUUCUGUUCUCAACUUGGUCAUUGUGAAGAAAGGUGAGAGUGAUCUCCCAGGGCUGACCGACACCGAGAAGCCAAGAAUGAGAGGACCAAAGAGGGCAUCCAAGAUCCGAAAGCUUUUCAAUCUGUCAAAAGACGACGAUGUCAGGAAGUAUGUGAAUACCUACCGCCGAACUUUCACCCGGAAAAAUGGGAAGGAAGCGAGCAAGGCUCCUAAAAUUCAGAGGCUGGUGACUCCAUUGACUCUGCAGAGGAAGAGAGCAAGGCUGGAAGAGAAGAAGAAGAGAGUUGCAAAAGCUAAUGCUGAUGCUGCCGAGUACCAGAAGCUCCUUGCAUCGAGAUUGAAAGAGCAGAGAGAUCGUCGCAGCGAGAGCUUAGCCAAGAAGCGGUCCAGGUUGUCUGCUGCUUCCAAACCUUCUGUGGUUGCUUAAGCCAACUGGGGUUUUAUAGGGAUGCCUAACUUUUUGUUCUUCGCAAUUGUGUUCCCUGAGAGUUUUGGUAUCAACAGUAGGCUAGGCAUGAAUCUUGAUUGUGUUACUAGAAUUGGUUUUGUAUCCUUGAAUGCACUCACGAACCAAUAUGAAUGCUUUCUUGCACUCUAAGUUUCUUUCUUAAUAACAGAGAUUUUAGUCG